AGGCAGCCAUAUGACAUUCACCCCAUGUCUGUGUCAACUGUAUACAUAUAAAGAUGAACAUUAUACGGUCGUCUCUUUCCCGACUGCGUGGACUCCGCAGUGCCAGCAGCUUCCUUGCAGGGGACCUCGCAGUAACUGGCAAUUCUCACAUUAGAUUGUUCAGCAACUGGAUUGUGCCCAGAGCAGCUGCAGGACCUCACAUUUCCAGAUGUGGGCCACUUUCUUCACAAGCUGAGGGUUCAGGAGUGUUCCAACAGCUUCCGUGGCAAUACCAGCAGGUGCGGACGAAGAAGAGAGGCACAGAGUAUCAGCCCAAGAACAUCAAACGCAAGAGGACCCAUGGCUGGAUCAAGAGGCUCAGCUCACAAGGUGGCAUCGAAGUGAUUCUGCGCCGCAUGUUAAAAGGACGGAAAUCACUCUCGCACUGAAGGACCUUGUUUGAAAACCUUCAAGACUUUCAGAAAACAGACAUUGGUUCAGAAAUUCUGCCACUGCUGAGUGCUCAUUAAAUGUUGUGUGAUGGGUUAAAUGGUGAUACUGGUGUAGGUUGGUUUGGCUUUCCUAUACUAAUAAUGGGUAGGAGGAUAAAAACUGACCUUCAACAAGCAAGUUGCAUUUGCCUUCCCACUUAUUUUGUAUCCAUAAAGUUGUGAUCAUUAUUAUUAAAUGUCAGUUGUAUGAAU